AUGUAUCUUCCUCUUCCAUUGAUUGGUCUGCAGUUCUUAUUUACCUCGGCUCAUGCAUCGGCACAACCACUUUUUCAGCAAACAUGCGAGCAAUCAUUCUCACAUUAUGACGUAUAUGGAGAUGGCUAUAUCUCCAUUCAAAAACUUGGAGACGCGCUGAAACAUAGAAUCCCAAACUUGAACAAGUACGAGAUUCAAGGGAUGUACAUUUCGUUAGACGAAGACAAAGAUCAAAGAAUAAGCAAGAACGACUUAUUGUCCUCCUUAAGAAAAAACCCUCUUCUCAUAGCUAUCUUCCCAAUCGAGAGUACAAACACGGACUUGCUUAUAUGUAGAACAUGUACUAAAUUAAAGAAUUGGUCAUAUAUACAUGAUAGACUUUUAUGGGGUUAUUCAUGA